GUAUGAAGCUAUAAUAUGUACACGAAUGUAGCCACAAUGAAGCAUGUAAUGCGUACUGUGAUUGUGAAAACUGUCGUUGACCUGCGACGAUUACCUUAAGAUUAAACCUGUUAUGCGAUUUGGGUUGAGCUUGAGUAACAGGAGAACAGGCGGCGCAGACGUAUGUCUUUUCCAAAGUAUUCUGACUAUAAUUAUGCUAUCUAGUAGAGAGACAGCUGCUAAUUAUUGCGUACUACAUCGCGAUGUUUGAACUUGAGCGAAUUAACAUUUUGUAACUGCUCCGCAAGACGCCUAGGCUAGCUUCCCGCUGGUCCGAGGGUCGCGCCCCUCGGUUCGGUACCCGAAUUGACGCUGACGCUCUUGCUCUGUUGAUAACUUCAACUAGACCAACCUCACAAACAAACGACUCUUGCCUCUGUGGUGCACCUGUUAAAAUGGAGCAGCCUCCAACGAGCAGCGGCUUCGAGGCUGCAGAGAGCUACUACUUCACGGAGAAUCCUCCUCCAAAGAACUUAAAGUCAAACAUGGUACUCGCCCGCGAGUUUAUUAACAGGCAUGCAGACAGCGACCGGAGAGUGGUGCUGGUGACCUCUGGUGGGACUACGGUGCCUUUGGAAGAGCAAACCGUUCGAUACAUUGACAAUUUCUCCGCUGGGACCCGAGGCGCAACAAGUGCUGAAUAUUUCCUCGAGAAUGGAUAUGCUGUCAUAUUCCUGCACCGGCAAUUCUCCCUCCUCCCAUACUCUCGACACUAUUCACACAACACAAGGUCGUUCCUUGACUACAUGAAAGAGGAGAACGGAAGGGUUGUGGUAGAGGAGCAGCAUCAGGAAGAGAUGGUCCGCGUGCUAGGCCAGUACAACGCUGCUAAGAAUGAAAACAAGUUGUUGAUCCUGUCGUUUGUGACGAUUACAGAGUACUUGUGGAUGCUGCGCGAAGCAGCCAUGCUUAUGCGUCCACUCGGUCCAAACGCCAUGUUCUAUCUUGCUGCCGCAGUCUCAGACUUCUUCGUGCCCAAAGACAGAAUGGUCGAACAUAAGAUCCAGUCGUCCGAGGAGUUUGCGCAAACACAUAUGAAUGGCAAGGGGGAGGUACAAUCAAAGACUCCUGCAGCACGAACGGAAGGCAAGAGUCUGAUCAUCGAUCUCGAACCAGUCCCCAAAUUUCUCAAGCAGCUUGUCGACGGCUGGGCUCCGGACGGCAUGAUUGUAAGCUUCAAGCUCGAGACGGACCCCGCCAUCUUAGUCAAGAAAGCGAAACACGCGCUCAACAAAUACGCCCACCAUCUUGUCAUUGGUAACCUCUUACUGACCAGAAAAUGGGAAGUUGUCUUCGUCUCCAAGAUGGACGGCGAGCAGUGGAUUCGUGUUCCAUCGAGACGCCGAACGAGAAGUGCUACUGGCAUUGAAUCUCUUAUUGGAAAGGCUGCGAGCCAGAAAGACUCUGUGGAAGAAGACGGUCCAUCGGAUCCUGAUACUCUACACGGCGAGCCGGCUAUUGAGAUCGAGUCACUGAUCAUUCCCAAGAUUGCGACCAUGCAUACAGAGCUCAUAAGGCAAACUCGUGAGUCAAAGGAGAGAGAUGGCUCAUGAGCGAAUUGAGUCGUAGAUAGUCGAAUCGCGGAUACCCAGCGCCUCUCCGUCUGUUUGACUGUUGUUGUCUUGCAGAUUUACAGGCUACCGGCCACGAAAAUUUUAUCA